CCCAAAGAUUCUAGGCCCACGGAAAAAUAGCGGGCGAGAAGGAAUGUGAGUCCUUCCUUCGCACCAAAGGAAUAACCCCCGUCGUUCCCCAACACAGCUGCAUCCUUUUAAAGAAAUCCGCCCUUCUUUCCUUGAAUCCAAAUCUGAAUGCCAUCGGAAGAGAUGACGGAAGAAGUCUCGUUUCUCCACAGCAAGAAGAAGAUGGUUCGCUGCGUUGCCAAACUGACGGACGAUCUGAUGGUGGAGAUCCUUUCUCGCCUGCCGACCAAGUCCUUUUUCCGGUUCCAAUGCAUCUCCAAGUCCUGGCUCGCCCUCUCCAAUGAUCCCUGCUAUCAAAAUAUUUUCCCAAGUGCUGUAUCUGGCCUCAUCUUCAAUGUCCGUAGAGCAUACCCUGAUCUUCGAUGGGGUAUCCAACAUAUUAGCCUCUCAAACAAUGAUGAUGAUUUUGCCAUUGACACCACUCUCCGUUUCUUACUAUGGAAUACAGCGGUCAUCAGCUCCUGCAAUGGGCUGCUCCUCUGCCGCUCGUGGGUUUCAAAAACCUGCGGGACCGCAUCCCACUAUGUCUGCAAUCCCGCCACUAGAAAGUGGGUCGUUGUCCCUAAAACAAAUGAUUUACGCGCGUUCCUAGCUUUGGGCUUCGAACCUCACAUCUCCCGACACUACCAUAUCUUGUGCUGUGAUGUCGGCGAGAUUCUUGAGUUUAUGAUCUUCUCGUCUAAGACAAACAAGUGGGUGGUGACAAAAGUCCCCGGCACCAAAAGGAGUCCCGAACUAGAGGCUACUUUCUUCAAUGGAAUUUUCUAUGUCACAGCCGGUCGGAACAAAGUCUUGAGAGUUGAUCCAGAGGGAAAGUUUCGCCGCAGAAUUAAGCUACCUGAAUCUGUUGGGAUAAAACAUCUUGGGCACUCGGGGGGUUAUUUGCAUUAUAUGUUGCAACGCAGGAAUAAGAUUAAGGUCUGGAUGCGCGAGGACUGCUGUCGUGCCAAAUGGGUGUUGAAGCAUUGCAUUGAUAUCAGAGCUACGUUGCAGAAACAUAGAAACCCUGAAACACAAAAUAUUCGCAUAUUGGAAUUUCAUCCAAAUAUGGAUGUCGUUUUCCUUCGAAUAGGACGGAAGAUCUACUCAUAUCUCUUAAACUAUGGUAGAUUGGAAGAAGUUGGCCACUUGGGCGAUACACGCGAUGAAAGAUGUUUUGUUUAUUCACCCCGCUUAUCGAAGGGGUUUGGUCAUGAAGUUGCGUGAUAGGAUGGACAAUGGACAGGCUUUAUGCAUUGUGCUUGUCAACAGAUCAUAACGUGUUCUUGGUUUGCAAAAUUUUCUAUCUAUUGUCUUUUUCU